AGGGGGCCUCUGGGCCUGGAGAGCGGGGACAGGAGCCCAGAGAGUCUGCUGCCUCCGAUGCUGCUUCAGCCCCCUCAAGAAAGUGUGGAGUCUGCAGGGCCUCUAGAUGUGCUGGGCCCCAGUCUCCAAGGGCGAGAAUGGACCCUGAUGGACUUGGACAUGGAGCUGUCCUUGAUGCAGCCCUUGGUUCCAGAGCCGGGUGAGCCUGAGCUGGCGGUCAAGGGGUUAAAUUCUCCAAGCCCAGGGAAGGACCCCACGCUCGGGGCCCCACUCCUGCUGGAUGUCCAGGCAGCCUUGGGAGGCCCAGCCCUGGGCUUGCCUGGGGCUUUAACCAUUUACAGCACUCCUGAGAGCCGGACCGCCUCCUACUUGGGCUCUGAAGCCAGUCCCUCCCCCUGAGACCCCGCGCCUCUGAAGGGGCUUGGAACCAGUCCGCGGCUGCACAUCCUUCUUGGCUUCCUGGCACCCCCUGGCGGGAGUGAGCGAAGCCCCUACUAUUCAACGGCCUCUCUCCACUACCCCGACGAACCCUGCACAUAAACUCCAUUUUUUUUUCUGUUUC